AUGAGAACCGCCGAGUCCGCCCCCGGGACGGUCCUGCACCGCCUCAUCCAGGAGCAGCUCCGUUUCGGCAAUCUGACAGACACCCGCGCCCUGCUGGCCAUCCAGCAGCAGGCCUUACGCGGUAGCGGCGGCGUUAUCGGGAGUCCUCGCUCUUCUCUGGAGAACGUGAACCAGGACGAGUGCCAGUACCUGCACAUGUCCACCCGGCAGGACCCCCAGGGUCAGGAAUACCAGGGAAGCUGCGUUCAUCCGGAAAAGCCCUUGAGAAUUUCCUGCAACGGGGAGGAGCUUCCCACCUACGAGGAAGCCCGAGUUCACUUACAGUACCUUAAAGGGGAGCCGGACUCCUGCGUGGAUGUGCACUGGGAUGCCAAACGGGAGCACGCCCGUUCCCUUAGCGAGCGCCUCAUGCGGCUUUCCCUGGAAAGGAGCGCGCCGACGACCAACGUCCCUACGAUGAGCUCCUCGCAAAGUUUCCCGCAGCUGCACAAUGCCGCCCUGCCGCAAGGGGACCCGCGGGGUCCUCCACCUGGAUACCCGCCCCAGGACCAAAGGGUUUAUUUCCUAGAACCUACAGCGCCUCCACCCUUCUACUCUCAGUACAGGAACGGCGGGGUUCCUGCGAAGGAUGAAGGCGAUGCCCUGAGGCGGGAGAACCGGAGGCUGAGGCGGGAAGUAGACAUGUACGCAGAGAAAGCAGCACGCCUGAACAAGCUGGAGAACGAGGUCGCUAGGAUUUCAGAGGCGUACGAGACUCUGAUGAAGGGCUCGGCCAAACGCGAAGCUCUGGAAAAGACCAUGAGAAACAAAUUGGAGGCCCAGAUGAAGAGGAUGCACGACUUUAACCGGGAUCUCCGAGAACAAGUGUGCACGGCGGCCAAGCAGCGGGCAGACAAGGAAGCGGAGCGCUCGGAACACAAGCAGCACGUCUUCCUCAAGCUUCUCGAGCAAAAUGAGGAGCAGCAGCGUGAGCGCGAGCGUCUGGAGAUAUCCAUCCAGAACCUCCGGGUGUCGGCGGAGGAGAGCCAGCAUGGACGAGAGCUCCUGGAGAAGGCGCUGCUCUCGGCGCACGCUCGUAACAGACAGCUGGAGGACGAGCUGCACAGGAAACGGGCUUACGUAGAGAAAGUGGAGCGCCUCCAGAGCUCGCUUGGACAGCUGCAGGCGGCGUGCGAGAAGAGGGAAGAGCUAGAGAUGCGACUGCGUACCCGCUUGGAGCAGGAACUCAAAAGCAUGCGGGCGCAGCAGAACCAGACCUCUGGCCUCGUGGCUUCCGAGCUGAGCUCCUCCCUGUCACAGCAGCAGCAACUGAGGGAGCUCGAGGAGCGUAUCCUAGGCUUGGAGGCAGACAUCACCAAGUGGGAGCAGAAGUACCUAGAGGAGAGCACCAUGAGGCAGUUUGCCAUGGACGCCGCCGCUACAGCCGCAGCGCAGAGAGAUACCACCAUCAUCAACAACUCGCCUGGGCAUUCGCCUGAUAGCAGUUUUAACGAAGACCUCCCUCUGAGCAAUCACAGACAUCAGGAAAUGGAGAACAGAAUCCGAGCCCUUCACGCACAGCUCCUGGAAAAGGACGCCAUGAUCAAGGUCCUUCAACAGCGCUCCAGAUGGGAGCAAUGCAAGUUGGAGAAACAAGGUCUCCGGUUGACCCGGUCCGUCCCGUCCAUUACCACUGCGGCCGGCAACGCUGAGACUAAAGGAAAGAGCCUCUCGGAUGACCAGACAGGUGGCGCCUUGAUGCAACGCGAGGGUGCUAGACGGGACUCCGCCACACAAUGUGACCAACCAUUCAGCAACUUGGUGGAGGACGCCUCUGGUACUUCGGAGAAAGCCCAGCGGGGACAAGUCCAAGCUUCACUUGACUCGGAGAUGGUGGAGAUUCUCAUUUGA